AUGGCACAAUUUGAAACCAAAGAUGGUGGUGAUCUUGAGUCCUCCCUCCAAGGCUCGACUAAGGAGGUCACAGACACUGUGGUCACCCCUGUACUCGCGAAGAGCUUCAACCUCUUCAGUGCUUGCGCGACUGGAAUCACUACCGGAAAUGCUUGGGCAGUCCUGGGAGGCGGAAUUAUUGCCUCUCUUUACAACGGUGGACCACCUGGAAUAAUCUACGAGUUCGCCACUGCCUCCUUCUUUUAUUGCUUCAUUGCCGCGUCGAUUGCCGAGCUUGCUUCUGCUAUUCCAGCAUCCGGUGGAGUCUACCACUGGGCAACUAUAACCGCUGGCCCUCGUUAUGGCAGAUUAUGCGGGUGGUUUGCGGGAUGGCUAAAUGGCCUUGCUUGGGCAUUCGCUGUAGCAGGCAACUGCUCCAUGACUGGAAGUAUGAUUGUCUAUUCAUACGCACUCUACCAUCCCGGUUUCACACCGCAGCGCUGGCAUGUUUUUGUUUGCUAUUUGAUCAUCUCGUGGCUGUGUUGUUUCACUGUGAUGUUUUGCCAACGGGCUCUCCCGCUCAUCAGCAGAAUCGGAUCUUUCUUCAUUGUUCUUGGUUUUAUUAUCACGGUCUUGGUUUGCGCUAUUAUGCCGAGCAAGAACGGUGCAGGAUAUGCGUCGAAUGACUUCGUCUGGAAAGACUGGAGCAACAUCACUGGCUACCCAGACGGGUUCACAUUCCUUGCAGGCAUGUUAAACGGGGCAUUCGCAAUCGGUGCGAUUGACUGCGUCACCCAUAUCGCAGAAGAAAUUCCUGACGCGAGACGGAAUAUUCCAAGAGCACUUGCUUGCCAAGUAAUCAUCGGCUUUGCGACUGGCUUUUGUUAUUUAGUCUCUAUGUUCUAUGCUGUUACCGACCUACCCUUUAUUGUGAACGCUGAUUCUAUCUGUCCCCUGGGUGAUAUAUAUCUGCAAGCAACCGGCUCCCGAGCAGGCGCCGUGGGGCUUCUUACGCUCACGAUCGCACCCAUUUUCUGUGCAACGAUCGGAUGCUAUAUUACCACAGGAAGAACGUUCUAUGUCCUGGGUCGUGAUGAUGCAACACCAUUUUCGAAAUACAUUGGGGCCAUCAGUCCCACAUGGCAUAGCCCACUGUAUGCAACUUUGGCGUGCGGAGUGUUUUUGACAUGCGUCGGAGCAAUUUAUGUGGGAUCCUAUACUGCUUUUGAAGCUUUUAUUGGCUCGUUUGUGCUGCUGACGACGGCCUCUUACUUCCUCGCUAUAUUCCCACAUUUGCUCACUGGGCGCAAGAACAUCCGCCCUGGUCCAUUUUGGAUGGGGAAAGCUGGCCCUGUUGUCAAUGCUGUCGCAUGCAUGUACAUUGCUGUCUCUUUUGUGAUUUACUGCUUCCCGUAUACCCUGCCGACAUCUCCGGAAGAAAUGAAUUACACCAGUGUGAUCACAUGCGGAUUGACCUUGCUAGUGGCGCUGUGGUGGUCCCCCUCACGAUCACCAACGGCCACUGCUAUUACUCAUAUUGAAAAUCAGCCCUAUAUCAAAGAUACCAUGGCUGGCCCCGUGCAAGCCCCCAGGAAACAAACCAAGCGUAUUCGCCAGACAAAGCAGAAGUCGGUCACAUUUACAGGGUCACGGAAGGUCAAAUGUGAUGAGCGUCAGCAAGAUGGAUGUGGAGUCUGCCAGAAAUCUGGCCUGGAAUGCGCCGGUUACGGCGUGAAUCUAUGCUGGAUGACAGAUAAAAAGCGAGAUAUUCAGGGCCUGCGACGCAGACAGAUCAGACUAGAGCAAUCCACCUCCCCUAGCAUAUCAGAUGACGAGAUCAACCGAAUUUUAUCUUCCCUUGACACAAUUUCAACACCAUCGCGCACCGUCAGUAUAGGACCCUUUGCAAUAUUCUCCAAAUCGGAACAUGACGACAAUGAGGAUCUUGAACUGCAAGCUUCAUUGGAGAAUAGCCAUCAGACAAGGGACUGUGAUUCUGAGAUCACCCCUAGUCAAUUCGACCCAGUCGACCUGUCCAGCGAAAUCUUCGACAUAAUUCCCAACGAAAGUGAAACUUCUCAUCCAGAGAUCCUUGAAAUGGAUUUCUCAUCAAACUGGGAAUCAGUGAUAGCUAUGAUGGAUACACCGAAUUCUCCAACGUUAUCAUACCUAAGAGGAAGAUCGCUCACGAUAUAUCCAUCACCACACAGCGAGCUUUCAAUGCCUCUAUUCAAAGACCACAAAACAUCCACGCUCAUGUACCACUAUAAAAACCAUGUUUCUGAGCUCCUACAACCAGUCUUCCACCCGAGGAACCCUUGGCGCACAACAUAUCUCCCAUUCGCUCUCGAAGGUUGCCCUGACCUAUGUCUUGUCCAAAAUACGAUACCUUCCUCAGGUGUCUCAAUUUCACUAUUCCACAGUAUAUUAUCAUCGGCUGCAUUCCACCUCCGGAACGUCAUGGGUGGAUCAAGAGAAUACCACAACCUCGGUCUUCAGCACCGGGCCAAAGCUUUGCGGGCACUCAAGUUUGCACUCGUAGCGCCCAAUAACUCCCAGCAAUACACCGUAUAUCUCACGGCAAUGCUAUCCUUAGUCACGAUUGAUACCAUGACGGGAGAAGAUUCAGACUUCCCGAUUCAUCUGAAGGGUUGUCGCCAGCUGCAAAGGCCUGAUCAUGCCUCCGAUGCGCUUGAUGACUCUAGUCGGCAGGUCAGCAGUAUUUGCCAUUUUCUAAGUCUCCUGGCUCGAACAACAGCACACGAGCUAGAGCCUAGACCCUGGACAAUAGAAGGUCCAUUCUUUGAGGAGCCUUACUUCCACGACGACGACACCAACAUCCAAUACAUGUACGGGAUCACCCCAUAUCUGGGGAAUUUGUUACAAAAGACCUGUCAGAUCGCCGAGUAUUUAGCAUUUUACCAAGAUGGUGAAAUGCCAGCAAUUUUGCUAGAGGCAUGCUCAGCAUUAUACGACGAGAUCUUCUCGUGGGGCAUAGAAUCCGAGUCUUUCCAUCUCAUUUCAUUGGAGGAACCGACGAUGCUUGAGAUAAUACGUUAUCAAGCGCUAGCAUUCCAUAGCGCGAUCGCAAUUUUCUAUUAUCGAGCAAUCGAGAAUUCCAGCCCGGUGGACCUCCAGGAGCGAGUAGGCGCAAUCUGGAAGAACCUUUCGCUGGCCGAAGACCUCAAAGAUGCAUACUCAUGUGGCGACAAACGUGCAGCUCCUAUGUCCUGGCCGGCAUUUAUCGCUGCAUGUGAGGCAACCGAUCGACAGCCUUGGGUUGCAUGGUGGGAGCGAGUGCAGGGGUACUCAAUGGGCAAUUUCAAAAGGCAAUGGAAAGUUAUACAGGAGAUUUGGAGUAUCAUGAAUUCAGAUGAGAAUGUGGUUAAUUGGAGGGAUGCCCUUAAACAAUCAGGCAAGUUGGUCUUGCCUAUUUGA